GAUUCUCCAAUACCUCUCUGUUUUUCUCUGAAAUGCAGGCUGAAACUGGAGCAGAUAGGAAGAAACCUCUCUCAUGAACGCCGUUACGAUCAACCCGACGUUUAAUACUUUUUAUUUCAGUCGCCAGAACUCCAAGUUUAGACCUUUGUCAUCGUCCUCCGGCAAAUUCAAGACUUCCUCUGUUUCUUUCUGCUUGAAAGAUCCGUCGAAUUCCAUAAAUCCAAACUGGAAAUGCAGUAAUCAUGGUUUUGGUGUCAACCCUUUCUUGGUUUUGGUUUCAAUCGUGCAAAGUAUCAAAGGGUUGGCGUCUUCGCGUGGCUGGAAACCGGUCUCACGUUUGGAGGGACGCAGUUUUAAACCGGAGGAGGUUUGGUUGGGAAAUGGGGGUUUUUUGCAGAAUGGUGGGAUUGGGGUUGCUUUAUUGAGUGUAACGGCGAGUGCGAAGGUUCGAAUUAGUCCAUUUGUAGCUACAUUGGCAGCUAACCCCACGUUUGUUUCGGGUUUGCUGGCAUGGUUCAUGGCGCAAUCGAUAAAGAUUUUUUUGAAUUUCUUUGUGGAGAGGAAGUGGGAUUUUAGGAUACUGUUUGCAUCUGGUGGCAUGCCCUCUUCCCACUCGGCUUUGUGCACUGCUUUGACAACAUCCGUAGCAAUUUGCCACGGGGUAGCUGAUUCUCUCUUCCCCGUUUGUUUGGGGUUUAGUUUGAUUGUUAUGUAUGAUGCAAUCGGCGUUAGGAGGCAUGCUGGGAUGCAAGCGGAGGUUCUUAACCUUAUUGUUCAGGACUUGUUCCAGGGUCAUCCAAUAAGUAAAAGAAAGCUCAAGGAACUUCUUGGCCACACUCCCUCACAGGUCCUUGCUGGAGCUCUGCUCGGCAUUGUGGUUGCUUGUAUCUGUUGUCAGGGUUGUUUAGUUGCAACCUAGAACGGCUCAACCACUUCUGCAGGCAAUUUUCUACCAAUCGUAUUGACCCUUUUUCAUGGUUCAGUUGUAUUCUUCUAAUGAAAAUAAGAGUUAUACUGAAUCUGUUUUCAGUUUUUUGGUUCUUCCGUUUUUUUCGUUUUUCUGUUUCAGUAACUGUCAUCCCUCCUUGUUACCUACUUGUACCAAACAAUGGUAAUAGAACGAAUGUCAUGAAUAUGAAAUGAGAUACAUGUUUAUUAUUUCUGAAUCAGGAAAUUUCCAUAUUGAGUCCUUUCCUAUUCAAACCUCUAGAAUAUAUCCUUCCAUUCUAU